CGCCUUCGGGCCUAAGCAAAAGAGCGCGCCUCGUUGCUAUAGCAGCCGCGCCAGGCCCACGCGCCUACGGUAGAUGGCCGGGAUCAAAACUGGUUCGCCGCGUACGUGGCCGCUACCUGGAGGGUGUACGGGCUCUUUAAGUGUCACGUGACUGCCGUGGACGCUCCCCCUCGCCCUUCCCUCCCCGGGCCCUGGUGUGCGCAGGUGUAGACGGGAAGCUCCCGGCCCGGCGGAUUCACUGGAGCAGGGACGCUGCGGCCGGUGCCCUUUCCCGCUCUGGAAAGGAAGCAAAAUGGAAGUGAAAAAAGUGAGCAUUUCCUGGCAAUUCUUGAUAGUUCUGGUUCUGAUCCUGCAAAUUCUGUCUGCGUUGGAUUUUGACCCAUACAGAGUCCUAGGGGUCAGCCGAACAGCCAGUCAGGCUGACAUUAAAAAGGCUUACAAGAAGCUCGCCCGUGAAUGGCAUCCGGACAAAAACAAAGAUCCCGGAGCAGAAGACAAGUUCAUUCAGAUUAGCAAGGCUUACGAGAUUCUUUCCAAUGAAGAAAAGAGAAGCAACUAUGAUCACUACGGCGAUGCUGGGGAGAGCCAGGGCUACCAGAAGCCACAGCAGCGAGAGUAUCGCUUCCGCCACUUCCACGAAAACUUUUACUUUGAUGAAUCUUUCUUCCACUUCCCUUUCAAUUCGGAGCGGCGGGACUCAAUCGAUGAAAAGUAUUUAUUGCACUUUUCACACUAUGUGAAUGAAGUGGUUCCAGAUAGCUUCAGGAAACCCUACCUCAUCAAGAUCACGUCAGAUUGGUGCUUCAGCUGUAUCCACAUCGAGCCUGUUUGGAAAGAAGUAGUCCAGGAGCUGGAAGGCCUAGGUGUGGGAAUUGGUGUUGUCCAUGCUGGGUAUGAGAGACGCCUGGCCCAUCAUCUGGGAGCACACAGCACCCCCUCCAUCCUAGGAAUCGUAAAUGGGAAAGUUUCCUUCUUCCACAAUGCAGUCGUCCGGGAGAACCUACGGCAGUUUGUGGAAAGUCUUCUUCCAGGGAACUUGGUGGAGAAGGUCACAAAUAAGAAUUACAUCCGAUUCCUGUCUGGCUGGCAGCUGGAGAACAAGCCACAUGUCCUCCUGUUUGACCAGGGGCCUGCUGCACCGCUGCUCUACAAGCUGACUGCUUUUGCAUACAGAGAUUAUUUAUCAUUUGGAUAUGUAUAUGUGGGCUUGAGAGGGGUGGAAGAGAUGACCAGACAGUACAACAUCAAUGUCUAUGCCCCCACCAUGCUGAUCUUUAAAGAGCACAUCAACAAGCCAGCUGACUCAAUCCAGGCACGGGGGCUGAAGAAGCAGGUCAUUGAGGAUUUCAUCACCCAAAACAAGUAUCUACUGGCAGCCCGGCUCACCAGCCAGAAGCUGUUCCAUGAACUCUGCCCUGUGAAGCGGUCUCACCGACAGAGGAAGUACUGUGUGGUCUUACUGACUACUGAGGCUAGCAAGUUGAGCAAACCCUUUGAGGCCUUCCUGUCCUUUGCUCUGGCAAACACACAGGACACGGUGAGGUUCGUGCAUGUCUACAGCGGCCGGCAGCAGGAGUUCACCAGCACCUUGGUACCAGACAGCAAGGCAUUUCAAGGGAAGUCAGCGGUAUCUAUCUUAGAAAGGCGCAACACAGCUGGGCGUGUGGUGUUUAAAACCCUGGGAGAUCCCUGGACUGGCAGUGAGAAUGAUAAAUUUAUCCUUUUGGGUUAUCUCGACCAACUUCGGAAAGAUCCAGCUUUUCUGUCCUCGGAAGCUGUGCUUCCCGAACUGACCGAUGAACUUGCCCCUGUUUUUCUCCUCCGGUGGCUCUACUCUGCUUCUGAGUACCUCACAGACUGCUGGGAUAGUGUGUUUCACAGCAAUUGGCGGGAGAUGAUGCCCCUGCUGUCCCUGAUCUUCUCCGCCCUCUUCAUCCUCUUCGGCACCGUCAUCGUCCAGGCUUUCAGCGACUCAAAUGAGGAACGAGAGUCACACCCUCCAGACAAAGAAGAAGUUCCUGAGAAGAUGGGGAAGACUGAGCCGAGUUUCAUGAGAGAAAGCAGCAGCAAGAUUCCUAGAAAAGGCUUUGUGGAGGUAACUGAACUCACAGAUGUGACAUACACCAGCAACUUGGUACGCCUGAGGCCAGGCCAUAUGAAUGUCGUCCUCAUCCUGUCAAACUCCACUAAGACCAGCCUGCUGCAGAAAUUUGCUUUGGAAGUUUAUACAUUUACUGGAAGCAGCUGCCUCCAUUUCUCCUUCCUGAGUCUGGACAAACACAGAGAGUGGCUGGAAUACUUACUAGAAUUUGCUCAAGACGCAGCCCCAAUCCCAAAUCAGUAUGACAAGCAUUUCAUGGAACGGGACUACACUGGUUACGUACUCGCCCUGAACGGCCACAAGAAAUACUUCUGCCUUUUCAAGCCCCAAAAACCAGUGGAGGAGGAAGAGACUGUGGGGUCCUGGGGUGACCUUGGCGAGUCUCGGGGGAAGUCUUCCUGUGGCCUGGGACCCAAGCCCCUCAAAGGCAAGCUGAGCAAGCUGUCCUUGUGGAUGGAGCGCCUGCUGGAAGGAUCCUUACAGAGAUUUUACAUCCCGUCCUGGCCUGAGCUAGACUGACGAUUCCAAAGAGAUGUGAACUCUUCAGAUUUUUGACACACCCCAGGAACAGAGAUUUUCGGGAGAGUUUAGAUUUUAGACCCUCUUCUAGAACAAUGGCUAGAAGCUCUUUCCUUUGUCACCUAGGAGUGAAGCGCAGCACAGGUUUGAAUUCCCUAGAUGAACUGUUUUCCUUUGGGUUUUUUCAUCCCCGUAAGAAUGCCGCACUAUUUAAAACGGACCGCUCAUCCCCUCCUCUUCGCUAUCCCUGUAACAUGCUCACACUACGCUGUCCUGUCCCUUCUGUUGGAGAAACCCAGGGCUUGACCCUGAGCUGUGCCUGGAAGAACCUCAGGAUCUUCGUGAGCCUGUCAGCCGGGCGGGUCACUCACUCCUGCCCUGUUGCCUGCCUCAGGCUCCCCACCAGGCCCCUGCUGUGCUUCUGCCAAGGCACAGGGACAGGCCACCACAUCUUCUAGGCUCCAUCUUUGAGAGACGCCUAGCUCCCUGCAGCCUUACUUGGGACUGCUGCUCCUGGGAGCAGGUGAGAAGUCCGUUUUGGGGGUAUCCCCCACGAAAGUUGGCCAGCCAGGUUUUGAAAGGGUCUGAGUGGGGAGUUUGGCAUAAAUAUUUGGUUUUUCUUCAAGUGAAGGGCACUGACUAGAGUGAUGCAACCUGUGAUCCUUCAUGAACGUUCUUGUCUGUCCCUGUCCCUGUCUCCAUCUCCUCACCAUGCCCCCACCCAAAGCACCACCACAGCCAGGGCAGAUUCUGCCCAGCAAGAAGCACUAUAAUGACUUCGAACCAUUGACCUGUUUUCAGAUGCCUUUCUGCCUCCAUCAGUUUUAGAAGAUGGAUAUUAGGAGCCAUAAUUUGUGAUCUUGUUCUCUGAACGUAGCUGCUAUAAAGCCUGUAGAUGUGAGACUGAAGACCGUGGGCCUGCCUGCCAGCAGCCAGGUGGAGGAGCCCUCCCCUCCCACACUGGCUCUCUAGUAAAAUGCCAGGUACGUCCUCAUAUCAAGGAACUUAACCUCUCUGACAGUUGCAUUUUGAACAUUGUUGCCCCCAAAGUGCUGAAUCUUGAAGUCAUUUCUGUGACCGUUGAGCUGAGACUUGUUCUAGAGUCCUGUUCUGCUGACAGCUGGCUUCCCACUUCUGGCCUGCAUCUUGGUGUCUCGGCUUAAUCGGUUCCUUCUUCCCUUGUCACUGCUUCAGUGCUGGGGGGUCAGACCAUCAACUCCCUCCCGCCUUCCUCUCCCCACCACAGCUCCACACCUGACCAUGUCAGCCCACUAGGGGGCAUACCCUUUGUUUCUAGGGCUGAGCCACCAGGGGCGUUUGGACAAUUUCCAAGUGUAAUCUGUUCUACUAUCAAGCAAGUGCCCUUUUGUGAAGUGAAGGGCAAAAAUCAGGGACAGGACAUUUACUAAGUUACUAUUUCUUUUAUCAUAAAUGCUUUGAACCAAGCGACUUGGAUCCUGAAUAAUUUAAACAUUGAGCUCCAGUGGUAAGUGAUAAAUUAUCUGAGCCCAGGAAUUUGUGUAGUUUUCAGAGUCUACAGCUUUAUUAAAAAAUGACGAAAUCACUGCCAGCUUCAUUCUUCCAUCCCACCAAGUAGAUGCCAACUGGACACUGCUGCUCAUGGCACCUGGACCAGCUAGAGUCAUCUGUCGCCUCCAUUCCGCAGUCCUCAAAAAUCCAUCUUGAAGGCUGAGGAUGCGGCUCUAGGGUAGAGCGCUUGCCCAGCACAUGCAAAGCCCUGAGCACUCUCCCUGGCAUCACGUGAAUACACACAUAGUUUGUUUUCUUUCUGUGUGUUUGUAUGGCCGGGGGUCCUCUGAUGAGGACUGUUUUGAUUCAGUGAUUUUUAUUUUUUAAAUUCGAUGAAAUUCCAUGACUUAGUUUCUGAAAACCAAAAAUUCCCUAGAUAUCUGUUGUUGUUGUUGUUUUAAUUUAUGCAAAUAAGAUAAAAGGCAUGGUCAGGCUGGCUGCCACGCCAUCCGGUUGUGGUUGUAGGAAAGGAGUGGUGAUUGAGCCAGCAGUAUUCCUGGAAAAUACUUCAGUCCAGAAACUCUGAAGAUCUGUUUAGGGACUGGUAGAUAUGUCCACCAGGAAGACACUCUAGGGUGCUCUGAUGGGUUGGUUGGUUACUUUGAGACAGAGUCUCAUUAUGUAGCCCAGAUUGGCCUCUAACUCAAGGUCCUCCUGCUCCAGUCUUUGAGUACUGGAACUACAGGCAUCCACAGCAGCCACCUUUGUCGAGCAAGCCAUUUCUCCUCAAUGUUGUUUCCAUGAAUUGUUUUAAUUUUUGUGUCAAAUGUGAGCUAUUUUUAUGCUCAUCCAAAUGCCAAGAUUUCUCUUUCUGAUGUAUGUGAUCACACAGGACCCGAUUUCAGUUGAGAUGCUGUUUGAAGAGAUGGGGUCUGCUCAAGGCAGCCUACGCAUCAGUCAUGUUUAGUAGGUGGGGUGAAAACUAACCUAAAGUGAGUGUAGAGUACAUGCCAGCUUCAAAGAUGACUAUUGCUCAGGUCUUAGCUGUAGUUUGUCUGUCUACCCCAGUUGAUAGGCACCUACUAAACAUUUCAGUAUGUGCCUCCUGGACACAGCCAGCCACAGCCCUAGAGAACUUGGUUGUGGUUUUCAGAUAGGAUGUCUCCUCAUUCACAGCCUCUUCAAACUUGCAGCCUUUGCUUAAUGCUGAUUGAUUUGUAGCUGCCAUCACUGCCCACACCUUAAAAAACUAUCUGACCCAUUUGCUUUGUUUGCACUAAGGAUUACAUGCAAGCACUUGACCUCUUUUUUUAAAGUAGAAUUCCUGGCUGGGGCUGUAGUUCAGUGGCAGAGCAUUUGUCUAGACUGUGUGAGCCCCUGGGCUUGAUCCCCAACAAUGAGGAAAAAAUAAUUAAAAUCCCUUAAAAGCUGUUGCAGGGAGCCAGAUGUGGUAGCACGUGCCUGCAAUCCCAGCGCUCAGGAAGUAGAGACAGGAGGAUCAGGAGUCCAGGGUUGUCCUUAGCAUGAGCAAGUUCGAAGCCAGCUUGGGCUACAUGAGACCCUAUCAGAAAAUCUAAAACAAGUGAUGCAGAGGUCAGGGUGUAGCUCCGUGGCAAAACACCUGGCACGUAUGAGGCCCUGCAUUCUUUGAUCCUAGCACCAGAAAGUAAGCAAGUAGGUGUAGAAAACCUCCCUGGAUGGAGCAUAGCGUGUGUCCACAUACCUGCCAUCGCCUUGCGUGCAGUGUGGCAGUUGCAGAAUCUGCAUGUUCGGAUCUGAGAGGAGGGUGAAUAUUUUGCACUUUUGAUACUAUUAGGAAAAAAUAAAUUAUUUGGCAAAUAGUGUCUUUUUAUGUUCUAUGUUUUUUGUUUUUUCUUUCAGUUUUGUUUUUAUUUCGGUUUUUUGUCCUUUUUUUGUAUUGUGAACAGACACUGAAGCUGAUGUUAUUUUAAGACUACUAUGGACUGGAAACAAAUAAACUAUUUUAAUGCGUGA